GGUUCUGGGGAUGCUGGUUUGGCUGGGACAGAUGGACUCAGUGCCAUGGGCACGUGCCUGCCCGUGGUGUGAGUGGGUUUGGGUCCAUCACAUCCCUGCUGUGAUCCCAGAGCAUCAUCCCCAGCUGGAGGGGCUGGCCCUGCAGGAUGGGAACCAGCUCAGGGUUCCUGUUUGUAUUUCCCUGUGUGAGACCCAGCUCAGUGCUCCUGUUUGGGUUCCCUGUGUGAGACCCAGCUCAGUGCUCCUGUUUGUAUUUCCCUGUGUGAGACCCAGCUCAGUGCUCCUGUUUGUAUUUCCCUGUGUGAGACCCAGCUCAGUGUUCCUGUUUGUAUUUCCCUGUGUGAGACCCAGCUAACUGCUCGUUUGUUUUCCCCGUGUGCAGCUGAGCAGAGGACACCAGGUGGCCCUGUCCUCCAUCACUUACAUCGGCUGUGCCCUGUCCAUCUUCUGCCUGACGAUCACUCUGGUCACAUUCGCCGUGCUGUCGUCGGUGAGCACCAUGCGGAACCAGCGGUAUCACAUCCACGCCAACCUGUCCUGUGCUGUGCUGCUGGCCCAGGUGCUGCUGCUCACCAGCUUCCAGCUCAGCCCCUCCACUCUGCCUUGCAAGAUAUUGGCCAUUCUCCUUCAUUUUUUCUUCCUGAGUGCGUUUGCAUGGAUGCUGGUGGAAGGAUUUCAUCUUUACAGCAUGGUGAUCAAAGUAUUUGGGUCAGAAGAGAGCAAGCACUUGUAUUAUUAUGGAAUUGGAUGGGGCUGCCCACUGGUGAUCUGUGUCAUUUCUGCAUCCUCCUCCCUGGACAGCUACGGGGAAAGUGGCAACUGCUGGCUGUCCCUGGAGAACGGAGCAAUCUGGGCUUUCGUGGCACCAGCCCUGUUUGUCAUCCUGGUGAACAUUGGCAUCCUGGUCGCUGUCACAAGAGUCAUCUCCAGGAUCAGUGCAGACAACUACAAGGUCCAUGGAGAUGCCAAUGCCUUCAAACUAACAGCUAAAGCCGUGGCUGUUCUCUUACCAAUCUUGGGCAGCUCGUGGAUCUUUGGCAUUUUGGCUGUCAAUGCCCACGCUUUAGUGUUCCAGUAUAUAUUUGCUGUUUUUAAUUCACUACAAGGGUUUUUCAUGUUCCUGUUUCACUGUCUUCUGAACUCGGAGGUCAGAGCUGCCUUUAAGCACAAAACCAAGGUCUGGUCCCUCACCAGCAGCUCAACUCGCAACAUCAAUGUGAAGCCCUUCAAUUCAGACAUUAUGACUGGGAACAGGCCAGGCACGAGCCCCACGAAGCUGAACACCUGGGAUAAAAGCUCCAAUUCAGCAAACCGUGUUGAUUUAUCAGCGGUGUGACAGCAGGAGCAGCCCCCUGAGAAAACCAAGCCAUACACUCAGGACCUCUGACACCGUGUCCACCAGCUCCUUCUCACUGCCAAGAGCAGGAGAGAAUUGGGGUUUUUAAGUCACUGCCUAAUGAAUUGCCAUAUUGUUUUCCUGAGUAAAUAGCCCUCGUUGCUUGCCUUCAGAACUGUAACACGUUCUAGCACCUGGCUGUUAGCAAUAGCUGUAACAAUGACCAGCACAAAUAUACACUGGAUGCUUUUGUCAGCAAUGAUGAAAACACUCGGUAUGCAAGGAGGGCUUAUUGCUCUCUGAAUCAUUCCAGAACUGAGGGAAAGCAACAUACCUCUGAAAGGAUGGAUUUUUAUACUCUAAAAUGAAAUGCUUCCCGUUGUGAUGUUGUAAUGAGACCAUUCCAGACUUGCUGUGCUCUCUGUGUUUACAUUUAUUACCUUACAGAAUUAUCAAAGUGAGGUUGAUU